CCGAGUUGAGCGAUGUCAUACUAACUGCCGUUGAAUGUUAAACAAAACUCUCUCGUUCCUACGAGGCGAAAAAGCUUUAAAAGUGAAGUCUAGGCCUUUAGCUAGGCUUCCAGUAUGUCUAACGUGGCGGGUAAAGCUUCUGUGGACGAAAAUUUGAGGCGAGGUAAGACCGACUCGUGGACCAUAUACACGGUGAAACCCCGAGUCUUAUUUCAUGUUCUAUUUCUCUGUUUUUCCAUAGAAUUGUACUUUCUGAUAAUAAAGUUCCUAUCGGAAGGGCCUUGUACUUCUGCAGCUGAGGUAGGACUGUGAUUUUGAGCGAAAUUUAACGUUUUUAACGGCUAAUAAUUUAUCGUGUCUUCACAGGUUUUGAAACGUGAAGUCGAAUCACUUCAGGUCAGUGCCCCAUUUUCUCUAAUUCUCGUCCGAAAAGGGUAAAAUUCAUCCUUUAUUCUAAAUUAACCCAAAACUGACUUUACUACAUCUAGCUCAAAAUCUCACCAAAUUUUGCCCGCUUUAAAUCGUACUAAAUUGCCAGUUUUCACCGUUUUUAACCCAGUUGAAACCCCUUGUUUUUAACUUUUUAGCUGCUACCAAAAGGUAUCAAUUGGUUCGGAGAAACAACGCCCCAAAACUUCGUAGACACGGUAAGGUAUUUUGGAGUCGGGAAUUUGCAUCGCAUGUUCGCGUGCGGAAAUUCGAAGGAAAUCGGCGAAAAAUUCAGGGAACAUAUUCGGAGUUAAACCGUAAGCUUGUGAAGAUUCACGUUGAAUUAAGAACGGGUUUUUUAGGAGGGAAUUAUUGAGCGCGGUGUGUAAUUCGUAAAAGAUAUAAGCGCCAGUUGAAAUCGCAUCAUCUGCUGUUGCAAAUAUUCAAGUGAAAUCGACACGGCGUCGCUACGCAUGACAAACGGUGUCUAAUUUCCAUAAAGGUCAACACUCUAUUGUUCUUCGGCCAAUCACAACGCCGAAACGGGUAUCUUUGUUGACAUGCAGCUUAAUAAUUUGCAUUUGUAAGGAAUUCACGUUAAAUUUAUUGAAAAAAUUGCCACUUAAAAAAGGCCGAAUUACACAUCGUUUUUAGCCGAGAAAACUAUAAAUCGUUAGGGACUGUGUUUUUUCCGUGUUUUGUUCGAAUAAAAGCAUUAUUUAAAGGUUUAAAAUGAAAGAAAUUGUCAUUGAAUAGGCAGAUUAUGUGACUUUUGUUGGGCACAUAUUUGCCGCCUUGUAUUGUAUUUAUCUGUUGUCUUGUAAGCGGUUGUAGGUGUCUAUGUGUGUGGCGUUUUCUUUAAUAUAGCUAUGUUUUUGUUUCUUAGUUUUCAACUCAAUAUACUCUGCCAUGUUUAAAUUUUAUACCUAACUUUUGUAUGAAAUUCUAUUUCAAGUGUUCAACUAUUUUGUGAAAAAUAUUGAUCACUUUAUAUCUGUGGCAACAGACAUGAUAAAUGCUAUCCACCAGACAGUAAUUUUUUCCAGCCCUUGCAAAAAUGCUUCAAAAUAUAUUGAAGACUUAAAGUAUGGGUAAGGACAUCACAAUUAAUAAAAAGCUUUCCUUUUGCGGGAAUAUUAAAUUUAAGAAAGAUUGAACAAAACACAAGAAUGCAGCUAUGAAUUAAAUACAGUUAAAAAAUUUUUAACUGUAAAGUGGCCGACCUCCAUAUGUUCUUGCAGUUUUAAAAUAUUAUUGACAAAAAAGUGUCGUCGAUAUUUACAAUUCAGCAGCAGUUCGACAGCAUGUUUUUCCCAAAAUAACAAUUUGGAGGUGCAUGAAAUAUUGAUGCAUUGAAUGAAGAAAAUCCACUUGUUGUAAAAAUCUUUGAUAGAUACCUUUACAGGAUAUAGUAAAUGAUAACUUUUUGAUAACCACUGACAAAAAAUAGAACCAUUGGCAAAAAAUAUGAAUUGCUAUCAAUAAUUUUCUCGGUGGCAUAAUUUGUCGCAGUUGUUGUUUGCUGCCAAAAAUUAUGAGGACUGCACCUUGUGACUGCCAUUGAAAUGUAAAUAUCACAAUUGUCGCAUUGCAACAGUUGUAGAAUUAGGCUGGUUGCGAUUUCUGCGAUUGCAAUAAUGGGUCGAUUCUUGUGAUAAUUUAUAAAACUUUGCCGAUGAAACAGUACAUUACAUAACAGGACAAAAACAAACGUACAUAAUGAAAUACAGUACAUGACCACAGCUGGGUGACCACAACAGCGAAUAGCCAAUUACUGUGGGCCCGACGCAAAACUAUCAUUACACAUAUAUAUACACAUAUGUAUAUACAUAUGUAUAUGUCUUGCGAUUCUUGUGACUUAAUUAAUGUGGCGAAACACAAGAAGUGGACAAGAAAUGGUGAUAGACCAAGUGUUUUGGUAGCUUUUAUAUGUUUUCAGAUUUCCAGGACCUACAAAGAAUCUUGUAAUGGAUUUUGAAUGAAAUUGUCAAUAUUUCCAAAAGCACAGAUUCUACCUCUUGCCCAAGAAAACAAUGCACUAUGUCCAGGGCCGGAUUAACGUCGUGUAAGGCCCGCGGCAGAUUUUAGCGCGAGACCCCUCAAAACACACAAAAUUGUUAAAUAAUUGCUUUCAAUAUUUCAAUUGAUUAGCAUCAAUUAUAAACAAUUGCCUGCCUGGCCCAGUUGUUGGGUCAACAAGUAUAAACAGGAUCAUAUAUAACAGAUCAGCGCAACUGGAGAUUACAUGCAUUGUAUAUUUUCCUGGGGUAAACUGCCAAUCCUAGGGGCCCUAAAUGCACAAUGUCCCUAAUUUGCGAGGCACCUAAAAUGGGCGUAUCCCAAUAGAAAAUAGGCGUGUUCUCGUAAACAUGGGCGUGGCACAUUAAAGCGCGAGGCCCCCGUAAGUGCGAGGCCCGCGGCAUAUGCCACAUCUGCCAGGUGGUUAAUACGGCCCUGACUAUGUCAUGUUUUUGUGUUGAAACAUUGGGGAAUGCUACUACAUUCCUAACAUUGUAGAACAGUCAAGCUAGAAGAACCUCCCUGCUUUUGUAGUCUGUUGACAUUUUCUGUAAUUUAUUAUGUAUUACUGUAACGGUUACCGAUUUAUGGCCAAAGACUGAUAAAAUUCAUAUUUCAUGUGUUAAAAUGCAGUGAAUAUAAUGCUACAAAUUAUCAAACAAAAACAAAUAAAACUAAAUUUUUGUUGCCAUACUUUGGUAUUCUCUAAUAUUUUGGUAAUUGCUACAGAAAAACAGAACAAUUUACAGAAAAUUAUUACAGAAAUGGAAAUGGGGAGGUUUUUGUAUUUUGACUGUAAUAGUUUGACAAUUUAGCAGUGACUGUAAUACGUGUAGGAAUUGUAGUUGAAUUCCCGAAUGUUUUGACAUGAAAACAUGACACAAUUUUUCAGGCAAGACAAAGAAUUGAUGGUUUUGGCAAUAUGACCUGAACUUAUUGCCCCUGGGUGGAGGUGUCUGUUGUAUUGUACUGAGUGUCUGUUGGGGGCUCUGCCCCCCCCUCCCCCAAUGGGCAAAAGGACUGCCCUUGUGAAAAGCUAAGGUCUGGGCAGAAAUGGGGGGAGGGGUGCAAUGUGUGAAUAAUGAUUCCCAUCUCUUCUGUUUACCAAUAAAAGUGAUGUAGUCUUCCCUAUCUAGAAUCCUUAAAUUCCGUUAAAAAAAUUCCUACAGUGGUUGAAAGCACACUUGAACUCAAAUUUAUGCGCAUAGCAGCAGUCAAAGUUCAUUCUUUUCAUUACAAUAUAAUUUCCACUUGAAAAACGAAGACAUUGUGCUAUUUUGCUGCUGUAUUUAUGUGUACAGUACAAUGUUUACAAAAAUAUUUUUUCGAUCUAACAACAUUAGGCGACUUAGAAAUGGCUUUUGCGGUAGUAACUAAUUUUCUUCAAACCUAAAAUAUGUGAAAUAGCAUUCUAAUGAAUCUAAAAAUUUUCUGGAGGGAGCAUGCUAGAUCUCUCGUGCCUUUGGGGCUCACAUUCUAAAUGCCAUGAAAAUCCCCCCAGUUUAGUUUACUUAUACCCUGGCUAUGCCACGGAGACUGCAGAGAUUCCGAACAUUAAAUAAUGUUAAUCAUUCUCUAUAUAGGCUGUAAGUAAUCCCCACAUUCCAGGAGAUUUCUUACAAAAAAUAUGCGAGCGUCUGUUACCUUUGCUGGAGCAAACAAUCCCGCCAAGCGUGAAAGGAGUGUCGUCAUUACUUGGAGCAGGUCGACAGUCACUGUUGAGACCAGCUCAAGGUAUAGCAUUUACCAACUAAUUUUCAAUCUGUCCAACAUCAUUUUACUCUUUCUAAUGCCAGACAAUGGGCGAUUCUGGCUAUAGAUUAAAUUUUGAUCUAGGCAAGAAGAACGAAUUCCAACACCACAGCUAGAAAGAGCGUCUUAGAAUGAGUAAGACUGCAAAGUUUGGUUGCGAAAUGUUGUAAAAUAUAGCCCUGUGAAGUUCGCAAAUUUUGUAUAUAUUUGUAUUACGCGCGGUAAAAAUAACCACUUUCGGCUCAAAAUCAUCUAUUUUACCAGUCAAAUUGUACUAUGUUACACCUAAAUAAACCCAGCGUGUCCAAUAAGCCCCCCCCCCCCUUCUACCACUCCUGGAGCAGGAACCAGCUCCUGGAGCUGGUUCCUCAAAGCCAGUUUAGUGCUAACCCUUGGUUAAGAUUUAAUCUGCUGUUUUAGUAGUUUAUGUAUUUCUGGAUGUAUGUUUAUUUAAAAACUUCAGAGAGGACUACUCCAAGACAAGAUUUCGAAAGAAAUUUUUCAAAAUUUAUAAACAAACUUUUGGGAAAUUUUUUCAAGUUUUAGGUAAACCUAGGGUUAUAGCUAACCGGCUUUUGAACAACUGGCUCCUGGAUCUCUUGAUCAACUUGAUAGUGGAUUUAUAAUACAAUAUUAUGGUGAAUUAUUGUUUUCAUUUGUGCUAUAGAUCCUGGACAUGUCCUGACGUCCAAUCAUCUCACAGUUUGUCGACAUGGAGCGCCCAUUGCACCUGGUUUUAAAACAAGGAACACAUUUAAUUUAAGUGAGUCACACUCCAAUGUGGGUACUGUAGCUGUGUGUCAGAGCCCCCCUUAGAAAGCCUUCAACUUGAUCUGAUUGAGCUGUGUCCUUCACAAUAGAUGACUCCAGAUAUACACUAAAUUUUGUUGUAGGCAAGAAGACCAAAAUCCAUCACCACAGCUAGAAAGAGCAUGUUAAAAUGAGUAAAGUUGCAAAGUUGGUCGCGAAAUGUUGUAAAAUGCGGAAAAUAUAGCCCUGCGAAAUUUGCAAAUUUUGUAUUAAUUUGUAUUACGCACGGGAAUUUGCACCACAUUUAGGUCGAAAGUGGUGCAUUUUACCGUGCGUAACACAAAAUUUGCAAAUAGACCUUUCCCCUUAUGAGUGAAAUUUUGAUCUAGACAAACCUGGACAAAAAUUUCAUCACAGCUUGAAAGAGCAUCACAAAAUUAGUAAUAUUCCGAUGUUUCGUUGCGAAAUGUUGUAAAAUGCGGAUAAUAUAGCCUUACGAAGUUUGCCGUUUUUCAGUCAUUUUGUAUUGCAAAUGGGAAAUUGGUAAUCAGUUUGAUCAUCUGAUUUUCAAUUUCCCGUGCAUAAUACAAAAUGAAUGAAAAACGGCAAACUUCGUAAGGCUAUAUUUUCCGCAUUUUACAACAUCUCGCAACCAAACUUCGGAAUGCUGUGAUGAAAUUUUUGUCCAGACUUGUCUAGAUCAAAAUUUCACUCACUCAAAAGAGGAAAGGUCUAUUUCGCAUGGCUAUAUUUUCCGCAUUUUACAACAUUUCGCGGCCAAACUUUGCAAUUUUACUAAUUUUAACAUGCUCUUUCUAGCUGUGGUGAUGGAUUUUGGUCCUCUUGUCUAGAUCAAAAUUUAGUCUAUAGCAUGGAAUCGUCUAUUUAGCUUAAUUCAAAUGAUUAGCAUACAGCCACUUUCCUACUUGCCAUUGCAAGGUCGUCCAGUCGUCAUAUCACAAAUACUUCUACUUUUCAGCAAAUGUUGUAAAUGCAAGACAAGCCAGUGGGACCUUUUGCAAAAGAAACUUUCUCCAACAUGGGUUGUUUUUCAAAAUGUCAAUGGUAUUGUUAAAGUUGUGAUAUAAGUAGUAUCAGGGUGCGAUAAUUCAAAAUGUUUAGGCGUACCUGACUGGUACGCCAAUGGUUGUUGCCGAGUACUUGCGCUAGUACAAACUCAGUACUCAAUGUGUAUUUAGUCUUCAAAAUAAGGUUCAUAAAAUAUUCAUAGGUUUCUGAAAAGUAUAUGUUCAGACUACAAGGUAGAAAAAGAGCACAAUUACAGACAUUACAUAUACAAACAAUCGACUCCAACGUUUUUUUGUGCCAUUAAUCCAAUCGUGUUUCAUGCCAAGACAUGUCAGACACACGAUAUAGCAACUAAAUUACGGUAUUGAAUAAGCCCAUAAAAAAUACUUAUGAACGAAUAUAAAGCCCUGGGCAAACUAGAAAACAUUGUUGUGGAAACAUUUGUGAUUCUCGAUGUUUCCUCCAAUGUUUCCCUGUUUGCCCACCCGUGGAAACAUUGUUGCGGAAACAAAAUUUGCUUCCCGAGAAGCAAAAAUGUUUCCUAGCGAAUUCAGAAACAUUUGAUGUUUCCCUAUGUUUCUCACUAAUGUUUCCUAGUGUUUUCCGACUCUGGGAAACAUGGCGAAACAUUGGUAGGAAACAAUGUUUCCGCAACAAUGUUUCCUAGUUUGCCCAGGGCUUAAGCAUAGGGCUUAUGUUCGGAUGUUUACAGUAGUAUAACCAUAUUAAUAUGUCUUUUUUAACAGCAUCGAAGGAUCUUGGGUCAUUUAUCAGCUGUUUACUGUGUGUUGUUUGAUCAAACUGGUCAAUCCAUUAUCACUG